AUGGUGAAAGACAACCCGAAGACGCAGCCCAAGCGGAACACCAAGAAGUCCCGGUCCGCCAUCUCCGAUGUCGUGGCCAGAGAAUACACCAUCCACAUGCACAAGAGAAUCUUCGGCAUCGCCUUCAAGAAGCGGGCCCCCCGCGCCAUCAAGGAGAUCCGUGCUUUCGCCACUACUGCCAUGGGCACCAACGACGUCCGCCUCGAUCCCCAACUGAACAAGCGUGUCUGGGAAGCCGGCAUCAAGGGUGUUCCCUACAGACUGCGCGUGCGCAUCUCGCGGAAGCGCAACGACGAGGAGGGCGCCAAGGAGAAGCUUUACAGCUACGUUCAGGCCGUCAAUGUCAAGGGCCGCGAGUCCAAGGGCCUGCAGACCGUGGUUGUGGAGGACUCGUGA